AUGGAACCGUAUUCGGACGAAUUAUUUUGGCUGGUGAUAUGUGGUUUUGUGGUAGCUUUUAUAUUGGCGUUUGGUAUCGGCGCUAAUGAUGUAGCAAACUCCUUCGGCACGAGCGUUGGUUCUAAAGUCCUCACACUAACACAAGCAUGUAUAUUGGCAACAAUUUUCGAGAUCGCUGGAGCUGUUCUUAUAGGAUACAAGGUGUCAGACACAAUGCGAAAGGGGAUAUUGGACGUGUCCUUAUACGCGGAUGGGGGUGAGAAGCUUCUGGCGGCGGGUUGUCUUGCUGCACUCAUUGCUGGGGCGAUAUGGUUGAUUCUGGCCACGGCGUUACGGCUCCCCGUUUCGGGGACUCACUCGGUGGUCGGAGCAACUGUUGGUUUUACAUUAACUGCUAAAGGCCCCAUCGGUGUGCGCUGGUCUACUCUUGGCGCGAUUGUUUUAUCCUGGUUCAUCUCUCCGGCACUCAGUGGUGCAGUGUCGGCAACAUUGUACUGGUUGGUGCGGAGGUUCAUACUGCGUGCUGCGCAGCCGCUUUCUGCGGGACUGCAAGCUUUACCUUUCUUUUACGGGGCAACGAUUGCUGUUAACGUGAUUAGUGUAUUCCUUGAUGGUCCUAAACUAUUAGCAAUGGAUAAAAUACCUUUGUGGAUAGCUUUGGCCGGCUCUUUGGCUCUUGGCGCUUUUGGAGCCAUAUGUGUCCGUGCCCUACUGGUACCAUAUUAUCGUCGUCAUCUCACGCCACCACCAGUCAAUUUUACCCUUGGAUUAUCUAAUGAAACAACACCUGCUAACACACCAACACAUACUAAAAACAGCAUUCCUCAACGUCCAACAUCUUUACUCUCAGAGGAUGGCAAACUUCUAGAAGCAAUAGCUGAAAGUGCAGAAAUGGUGACCUUAAGCGACGCAGAUAAAUGUUCCGUCGGUGUUAAGGAAUUGAAUGCCAGAAAUCGAGCACUUCUCGCGACUAUGGACGAUUGUAGCAUACUUUCUAGAAGCUUAAGUCCGCCAAAUAAAUCACGGCUGCAACUCAUUGAUGCAGAUCCUCAAAUAAAUACACUUAAAUAUAUAGAUGAGACGUUAAGUUGUUGCAAGAGCUUAGACUCAGCCCAGUUGGUGGGUAUGGGGGAGAGUUACGAUUCAAAGAAUGGAUUUCUGGGAGAUUCUUGUGACACUAUCGCACGCGCCGAGUUUGGACGAUUAUCAACCCUAAAAUCACAACCUGCUGCUGUAGAAUUUGACACACCUCCUCCUAGAUUAGAUAAGGGUCCAGAAGGUGGUAGCGCAUGGAGUAUAGAAUGCGACAUGCGGAACACGCGUCUGGCUGCCAUUACUCCGAACUCUAGUGCGGCGCCACUCCUGCGUGGAGCGAGCCCCGCACCGCCCGCGCCUCCUCCUCCACCACCUGACACUCUCCGACUUUUCUCCUUCUUACAAGUCCUUACAGCGACUUUCGGUGCAUUUGCGCAUGGUGGAAACGAUGUCAGCAAUGCUAUUGGGCCUCUCGUCGCUCUCUGGCUGCUGUACUCUGAAGGCGGCGCACACGCUCGAGCGGAGACCCCGCUUGCGAUACUUGUGUUUGGCGGAGUGGGCAUCGCGCUGGGGCUGUGGCUGUGGGGGAGGCGGGUCAUUCAAACUGUGGGUGAAGACCUUACCAGCAUAACACCUGACACGGGAUUCACGAUCGAGCUAGGUGCAGCGCUCACCGUAUUGGUGGCGAGCAAGGCAGGGCUUCCUAUCUCUACUACUCAUUGUAAAGUCGGCUCUGUGGUUUGUGUUGGAUACUUCUCCGACAAAAAAGUCGAUUGGAGUUUGUUCAGGAAUAUAAUAUUCGCGUGGGUCGUGACCGUCCCAGCUGUAGCAGCAAUGGCGGCGCUCGCUAUGCUGGCUUUAGAAGCGUUUGUUGUG